CUAAGAUAUGCAUUAAACAAAAUUCACUAACCAACAUACCGAUUUUUAAGAGAGGCUUUAGCGGGUACUUGAAAUGUAAUUGCUCUAUAAAUAAAGCCAAUAUCUCUCACACACAAGUCAAGUAUUCAAUUUUCACUUGUUAACUCUCACACUUGAAAGCAUUGAUAUUUCGUAUAUAUUUUUUCAUUUGUAUUUAUAUAUAGUCUCUCCAAACGGUGGUUUGUGUUUUAUCAAUCCAAAUAACCAUGGAAGGUGGAGUACCUGAUGCUGAUAUCUCUGCUUUUAGAGAGUGUUUGUCAUUGUCCUGGAAAAAUCCUUAUAUCCUUAGACUUGCUUUUUCUGCUGGUAUUGGUGGUCUACUCUUUGGCUACGACACUGGGGUCAUAUCUGGGGCACUUUUGUACAUCAGAGAUGAUUUCAAAGCUGUUGAUACCAAAGUCUGGCUACAGUCAGCUAUAGUGAGUACUGCACUUGCUGGAGCAGUAAUAGGUGCUGCUGUUGGUGGAUGGAUUAAUGAUCGAUUUGGAAGGAAAAGAUCAAUUGUAAUUGCAGAUACACUCUUUUUUAUUGGGUCUGCUAUCAUGGCAGCUGCAACCAGCCCUGCUAUUCUGAUUGUCGGUCGUGUUUUUGUCGGCCUUGGCGUUGGAAUGGCUUCAAUGGCAUCUCCUCUUUAUAUUUCAGAGGCUUCACCUGCUAAAGUCAGAGGAGCUCUUGUCAGUCUCAAUAGUUUUCUCAUCACUGGAGGACAAUUUCUCUCCUAUCUGAUUAACUUGGCUUUCACUAAGGCCCCUGGAACAUGGAGAUGGAUGCUUGGUGUGGCAGCAUUACCUGCUGUGAUACAAUUGCUGCUAAUGUUUUGGCUCCCAGAAUCACCUCGCUGGUUGUUCCGAAAGGGUAGGGAGGAGGAAGGAAAAGCAAUUCUGAAAAAGAUUUACCCACCGGAAGAAGUUGAAGCUGAGAUUCAAGCUCUGCAAGAAUCAGUUGCCAUGGAAUUGAAAGAAGCCGAAACUUCGGGAAAGAUAAGCAUGAUAACAUUGCUGAAAACCACGAGUGUAAGAAGAGGUUUGUAUGCCGGAAUGGGCCUUCAAAUCUUCCAACAAUUUGUGGGAAUCAACACUGUCAUGUACUUCAGUCCCACAAUUGUUCAAUUAGCUGGUUUCGCAUCGAAUCAAACGGCCAUGCUUUUGUCUCUGAUCACUGCUGGGUUGAAUGCGUUCGGUUCAAUUUUGAGCAUUUACUUCAUUGAUAGAACUGGAAGAAAGAAGCUUGCUUUAAUCAGUUUGAGUGGUGUUGUUUUAGCAUUGGCACUUCUUACUGUCACUUUCCGGCAAACUGAAACUCAUUCUCCGAUGAUCAGUGCAUUCGAAACCUCUCAUUUCAAUACUACCUGCCCUGCUUUUAAUCCUGUUGUGAAUCAUGGUGGAUGGGAUUGCAUGAAGUGUCUCAAGGUUUCACCAAAAUGUGGUUUUUGUGCAUCUGAAUCUAAUAAGCUCUCACCUGGCGCAUGUUUGAUCUCAAAUAACAUAGCAAGGAAUCAGUGUCGCCAAGGACAUAGGUCAUGGUACACUCAAGGAUGUCCUAGCCAAUGGGGCUGGCUUGCAUUGAUUGGAUUGGCCCUUUAUAUCAUAUUUUUUUCACCAGGAAUGGGAACUGUACCAUGGGUUAUCAACUCUGAGAUAUACCCUUUAAGAUAUAGAGGAAUUUGUGGAGGAAUGGCUUCAACAGCAGUUUGGGUUUCUAACCUUAUUGUUUCUCAGUCCUUUUUGUCCUUGACACAAGUUCUUGGAGUUGCAUGGACAUUCAUGUUGUUUGGAUUUGUUGCUCUCAUAGCAAUUUUCUUCGUGAUUGUUUUCGUACCAGAAACCAAAGGAGUUCCAAUUGAAGAAGUGGAGAAGAUGCUUGAAGAAAGGACUCUGCAGUUCAAGUUUUGGAACAAGAGAAGUAGCACUGUCACUCAGAAGUAGUAGUUUUGGAACAAUUUAUAUCAGCCGCCUUUUAAGUUUAUAACUAUUUCAGGGAAAUAUGGGAAAUUGGUGUUUUAAUUAUUUUCUUAGGAUUCGCAUGUUUAUGUUAUUUUUUUAAGCUGGGACUAUGUGAAUUUUUGUGUUUUAACUUUUUAAAUAUCUCCUUUGGAUUUCCAUGUCUAUGAUUUAUUGUUUUAGUAUUUGUUAUAUUAUUAUUUCCAUGUCUA